AUGAUGUUAAGCCAGCGCCGAAGAUCCACGGUGAGCGGUGGCGCCAGCAGCCCCAUCCGUGACCGAACAAAGAGGACAAAUAGUAUGGACAAGCACACAAGCGCGCGCAACAUGAUUACGGAACAGCUUCUUCCAAACCCAACUGGGAUUGCUCGUGAACGGAGCGCCGGAAUUCUCAAGGGCGAAAUUGACGACAUCAAUCUCCGAGCAUUGCUCUUACCUCCGUGGCCGGGCGAUGCCCCGCCUUUUGCCAAGUCGUUGAUAGACCUUCGGAGCCGGACAGGGAGUAUCUACGUCGAGUUGAAUCGGCUACCAGGAGCUGCGCAUCAUUUCUUUCAAUUAUCUGCCAUUUCAGAAGAAUCAAAUGUGAGCAUCGUGCUGCCUUCCGACUUCCAGGGCGCCGUAUCCAUUAACCAGGGGGAAUCGAGGCGGGGCCGCGUUAGAUGGAGCAGUAAUUUUGACGAUCGGUUGCGCUCUGGUGCCAUCAGGAUGGAACCAUCGCAGGUCCAUGAGAACGAAGAUGAGGUCUUUGUGCUUGCGCCUGGCUAUGUCGAACUUUGCAUGAUGGACGAGCUGUGUUCGUCUGCCAGUGGUGGCAAGACGUCUGUAUGGAAGUCGAUCGAUACUCCACAUAGCAGUGUUCAACGUCUGAAGCGACUGCUCAGCUUUGCCUGA